ACGAUGGCAGCUUGGCUGAAAGUUUGCUUUUUGCUGCUGACUUUCGGCUUGAUUUCCCAGCACGGGAGCAAGAUUGUUGCCGCCAGGUCCAAGCAGCGGGGCCCGUUGCUGUGUCCCUCUAAAGAUAAUAGUAGAACACUAUCUGGCUUCCAAUAUGAAGAAUGUUCAUCCAUUGAGAAUCUGAAGGGAGACCAUGCAAUUGAUAGAGUCCGAAACUUGUGCUUCAGCCAGUCUAUACAGGAUGGCUUGGUUGCAGUGAUGUUUCAAUGGAAUCCAAGCCCAUUGGGUAUUGAAUGCAUCAGAGGCUUCAAAAUAAUUCUUCAAGAAGCUACAGCAGUUGGAACUGAAAAGUUAUGUCAGGUGCUUGUUUUAGAAAAACAGAAACAACUCAGAUAUUUCAAUAAAACACUUGUUUUGAAAUCCCAACCAUUUCAAAGUUUGAAGUUUAAAACACAAUAUAACGUGACGAUUUUACCAUUUCCAAACCUUGUGGAAGAAAACAGUACCUUCCAGUUUCAGGUUGAACACUGGUCUCCAAAGAAUUUGGAUAUUAACCAACCGUACCAGUCUACAAAUUUAAAUGUAACCUUUGACUUGGCUCCUCCUAUUUUUGGAUUUAAAGCCUAUCACAUACGCUGUAAAAUGGUGAACACUGGUUUCCACAAGGACAAGACUAUACUUGUGGAUAGUAAUAUGACCGUAGUGAGUUACGUUUUUCGUGAUCUCUACCCAGGCACUUACAGCAUUGAGGUGACAGAUUCUAGCAAUACCACUGGAAAACAAGUCACUUUUACAGUGAGACCAGUGCAUUAUCCAUGGGCUGGUCCAAUCCGAGCAAUUGCCAUCACAGUUCCAUUAGUGAUAGUGUCUGCAAUCAUCACUCUCCUCACAGUGGUCUGCUGUAAGAAACAGCAAAAUCCAGUGUAUUCAGAACUGGAUGAGGAGAAUUCUGAAUCAUCUCCAUCACCUAGGUCCAAGCCAAAAGUUUUCAUCUGUUAUUCCAGUAAAGACUGUCAGAAACACCUCAGCGUCGUUCAAUGCUUUGCAUUCUUCCUCCAGGACUUCUGUGGCUGUGAGGUUGCCUUGGAUAUAUGGGAACAUUUGGAAAUCUGUAAGGAGGGGCAAAUGGACUGGCUCAGACAGCAGAUCAUGGAGUCCCAUUAUAUCAUCGUUAUUUGUUCAAAAGGAAUGAAGUUCUUUGUAGAAAAAAAACAUCGUAAACAUAAAGGCAGCUCUAGAGAUGGUGGGCAAGGAGAACUUUUUAUUGUUGCUGUUUCUAUGAUAGCAGAGAGACUACGCCAAGCACGACUAAACUCAAGCAAUCCCUCUAAAUUCAUCGCCGUCUAUUUUGACUACUCUUGUGAAGCAGAUAUUCCUGGUGUCUUAGAUUUGGCAUGCAAGUACAAACUGAUGGACCAUUUCCCUCACUUGUAUUCUCACUUACGUGCUCGAGAUCUCGGCCAGCCAGACCGGGACCCGACUGAAGUGAACAUCCGCAAAAGCAACUAUUUCAGAACUAAAUCUGGACGUUCCUUGUAUAUAGCCAUUUCUAAUAUGAAGCAACUUAUUGAGCAAGAGCCUGACUGGUUUGAAAAACAGUUAGUGCCACGUCUGCCCUUACUGCCACACCAUCAAGGACCAGUUCGUGUUGACUCUGGACUUGUCCUGAAUGAGGUGGUUUUCAAACAACCAGUAACUGAGCAUGAUUUUCACUUGAAAACCAUUGCAGAUGUCGCCCCUGUUAAUUCGGUGUCUUAUUCCAUAAUUCAGCACUUGAGGAUCAUUGGAGAUGCAGAUGUUUCUGAUCACCAAGAUGCCAGUUCUCUGCUUAGACCCCCUCCACAGAUGGUAGCAGCUGUGAACUUGCCUGAAAUGCCACGUGACUCUGGGAUAUAUGACUCUUCCAUUCCUUCUUCAGAAUUAUCACUGCCUUUAAUGGAUGGCCUGUCUUCAGACCAGACAGAAACUGGCUCCAUUGCAGAUAGCGUCUCCUCAUCCUCAGGGUUAGGUGAAGACGAGCCACCGAUUCUCACAACAAAAUCAUCAGUUUCUGGACUGUGUAAAGUGGAAGUGGACAGACACAUAAAUGCUACAGUAACCCUAUAACAUUCCAUAUCAUAGGGAAUGCAUUGCCACUUUACCUUCUCAGCUGUAUAUUCAUUAACAAGCCCUGCAUUAGUGACCAUUUUAACAACACUGUGAACAUCAAUACAUUAAGAAAGAUGAAUACUGUAUGUAUUUGAAUGCCAUGUGGCAGCAUUGAGUAAAUAGUAUUGUUUUAACACAAGGGUCAGUCAGUUUGAGAUCAAUAUUUAAUUACAGAUAUAUCAUAUUUCUGACACUAAUUUGAUGCUCUUAACUGUUUAAUGUGAUAUUUAAUUUUGUGUACUGAUUUGGAUCAUUUGUGCAUCUUAGAAAUAUCAAUUUUCAUGAUCAAUGGCAAAUCUAAUAUGUUUAACUGAUUUAAUACACCAAUAUUUACACCUGUUUCUUAAGAUAAAAAGAAUGAUGACUUAGCAUAGAAUAUUAUUGCUGAAAAUUAUUUGUAAAAGCUUAUAUGAUUUGUCUGGAUGUUUCCAUGUGGCAGAGACCAGAAUUAACUAUUAGAUUUCAAUUAAUAUUGUGUAUAUGUAUAUUUACUGAUGACAUAUUACAGAUAAUUGCACUGCUGCACCCAGUUGGGAGGGGAUAAUUGUAUAACGAAUCUCGUUGAAACAGAUAACAAGGCAUAUAGCUGGAUGAACACAGCAGGCCAUGCUGCAUCAGAGGAGCAGGAAGGCUACCAUUUUGGACCCAGACCCUUCUUCAGAAAUGUUGAAACAAUACUUUUAAAAAUUCAACUGACAUCUGUUAAUAUGAAUUCUGGUUGAAGCAUUUAAACUAACUUAAACAACAUUUUGAACUACAAAGCAAAUCUGCAUUUUCAAAAUGUCAGAUGCAGCUCAGAAAAUAAUGAAGUGUAGCUUUUAGUGAAUAAUUUAAAGUCAAAUAGCUGCAAAUAGUUUUCAAACUAUCAUGUUGUAACUCCCAAAACGAAGUUAACGGCGUUGUGCUUUGGACACUGCUCUCACCCACUCAACCAUUUUGUUAUAUUGAUUUACAAUCCAAUUAUCAAUGUAAUUUAUCCACAUUACUCACCCUGGACAUUAUAAAAUGAAAUUGGCCCUCCAGCUUGAGACAUGAGUACAUCAUUUCAUAUGUAUAUGGGUAGCAUUAGCAGUUUGUGUGGUAUUAUUAGUUACUGCAUAUCGAGUGAUGUAUGCCAGAGACAGGAAUAUAACCUGUUGGUAUGCUCCUUUACUGUUUCUUUUCUCUGUGGAGAUGCAUUUUGUAAUUUCACUGUUAUUGACAAGUGAAUUUCACAAAAGAAUGACGUAUCCAACAUUCACAGCCAUAGUCAAUAUCGUAAAUUAUCGAUGUGGUGGCGAUUAGUUUUGGUAUGAUGUCAUCUGAAUAAUCAACUUUUAAAAUUGAUUUUAAUUCAACGUGGUUUGCAAAUCACAUCGUGAUAACUAACAGAAUUUCAUGUUUUCUUUAAAAGUUAUUGGUAUUAAUUGUAGGCUUGCUCAUGGUCCUUUUUCCAUUCUUGACCUGAUAGCAUGCACUCAUUAAAUGCGGAGCUGGUAAAGCACACCCGGUCAGAGUCAAGGAGCAGGAAAGUCAACGUUUUGGGCUGCACCCUUCGUCAGGACUUCGGGCUCCUGACAAAGGCUUUCGGCCUGAAACAUUGAACUUCUUGCUCCCCGGAUGCUGUCUGACUGGCUGUGCUUUUCGAGCUCCACAUUUAUUGACCCUAGCUUCCAGCAUCUGCAGUCCUUACUGUCUCCAGUAAGGUGUCAUAUCCCAACUGACUCUGACCUUCACCAUGCCUAGAUAUGCUGAACCAGUAGGUGGUGACCAGAUCGAGAUCAGGAGCAGCAGCUGUAUGUUAUUUUUCGCUCCCCCACUACUGCUGGCACUCAGCAACUUAGUGCAAACUGGAGAUCAAACCCGAUACUUUCCUUUCCUACUAGAUAAACUCUUGAGGUACUGUAGUGUCAUGAUUAUUAAGCCAAUUAUUUGACAGUAAAGCAAUUGUGUUUUUAGCAUAUGCAGUUUUAAAAACUAAAGACUUCUAGUAAAGGUUUUGAUGUGAAUCUGGUGGAUAAAUUGAUAGGAAGUAUAAUUCAUUCUAUCACCUUCAUUAAUUUUACAUUUUGAGGAUUGGGUUUAAUACUGUACUGGAGUUCAGGUUGCUGACGUACAGUGAAGAUUCCUGUAGUGCCAAAAUAGUCAUUUCAAAUAUUGUAUGAAAUAUGAACAUGCAUCUAUCACUAAUUUCAUAAAUCUUAAGCAGUUGGUUUCCCUCAUUAGUUUCCUACUGUCUGCUCAUCACUAUUUACUAUGUGUUCACACCUAGUUUUUGUAGGUUGUGAUGUAAUUGUAAUAUAUUUUGGUGAUUUUGACUGCUUUUAUAAGUUUUUGCAAAAUACCUGAUAUAUUCUUAAUUUUG